UAAUGCUUGACCUGCCCUUCUUCAAAGAGGUUCAAUGGUCUAGUCCAUAUUUAAGGUCUUUCUGUCUCUGUCUCUCUCCAUUGCCAUGUCCACAGAAAUAGUUUGAAGGCCAUGGAGGAUGUAAAGCUCUCUUUAUCAACCACCUUUUCUGAUACUUCAAACAAUCCAGUGAUCAAUUCUUGCAAGAAGAGGAAGUACUUCACUUGGGAUCAUCAUCUUCCAAUCUCUCAAGCAAACAUUGAGCUUGAUCCUGUUGAUCCUUUGCCUCUUCAUUGGGAGCAAUGCCUUGACCUUCAAUCAGGGAGGAUGUAUUAUUUGAAUAGGAAAACAUUAAGAAAGAGUUGGAGCAGGCCAAAGGAACAAAAACUAGACUUGGAGCUAAACAUCUCAAGUAGCUUCUCAAGCUCAAAGAAGAGAGAAGAGGAAUAUUCAUGGAAUAAGCUUAAUGAUAGCAUGAGUUCAAAUGCUAAUAUGGUGGCUGUGGCUUGUGCCAAUUGCCAUCUUCUUGUCAUGCUUUGCAAGUCCUCACCAUCAUGUCCUAAUUGCAAGUACAUGCAUUAUUCACUGCCAAUGUAUCAUGCAACAAAGCCUCUGAAAACCCUCAGUUUGUUGCAUUAGUUCAUGCAUGUUGAUAUAUAAUUUGGAAGGUUUUAUGUCAGAUAUACAUGUUUGUUUGGAUUCCAAGAUGAUAUUUAAUUCUUGAAUAUUUCAACAUGCAAUUUGGCAAAGAAAAAGAAGGGCAGAGUACUUUGUUUCUUUCAAGAAAUUGUGACUCAGGAUCAUAUAUAAUGCAGUAAUAUAGUACUGUUUGUAUCA